GUUGCAUCGGUUGUGGUGGCUUGGGAAACGUCCAAAGAGUUCAUUGCAAAAGAAGUUGAGUUGAGAGCGGAAUCAAAAGUCAUGGGCCAACCACGUGUCUUGCAGGUUCAUGAACGCCAAGCUAUGAUUCGAGCUGUUGAGGCAGUCCAUGGUGCAUUGAAUGAAGCCGAGUCUCCAUCUCAGGACUAUUUGUCUUUGAAGGCUGAUGAGACUGAGUGCAACGAACCUGUUGCAGCCCAGCUUGAUGAGAUCCUUAGUAAGAAAGAAUCAUCGAACGCAUCAAUCCAAUCAUCCGUUGAUCCUUCAGGCCAUCUUCGCGUGACACGUACGAAGGUGAAGGCAAAGAUGCCAACGACCACAGAGGAGUAUAGGCGGGUCAUGAAGGUCGAGAUGUUUGCAUGGUUGUGCAUGGCAGCUCGUUUUCGUUCGAAGCAUUGGCUCCAUGGAUUGACGGCCGAACCUUUCUUGAAGUUUGUUGAUUUCAUCUUAGGUGAUCGGGUUUGGGGGGUUCAGGUUCCUUCGCAGGCCGGGGAGUCGCAGAGGCUGAAGCCUGACUGGGCUAUCGUUCUUGCUUUCGAAUAUAAGUUGAGGAAGGAGGCAAUGAAGCUUGUUACCAACAGUGGACACACACUUGCUGAUGCUUUGGCCGCAGUCAUUCGAGACCCCGAUCUGAAAGAGGCUUAUUUCACCACCCCCAUUGCUCUCAAGGCCGCUACAUCCCAGGAAUCAGCUCCGCCCAACAAAUGGUUGCGCCUCACUGACAAAGGUUUUCCGUGGUUGAGCAAUUCGAAUAAGGGCAUUGUUGAUGAGGCGAAUCAAUUUGUCUUGAAGUGCUUGGACAUGUGUCAUGAGGCAUUUGCGGCACAAGGCCACUUUAUCUUGGAGCAUCCUGAGGACCUGGGCAUAGUCCAGGGUGAGCGGCCAGGCUCCAUUUGGCAGUGGCCUGAGCUUCAUGAGCUUCUCACUGUGUGUUCAGACCCCAAGGAUGCGGGAAUUGUUGAUGAAGGUCAGCCAUUCUAUCUUCGUGCUCUCUCGCAGUGGUUGAAGGUCUUUGAAGACCCAGAUGUGCAUUGGUUGGUUGAUGAGAGCGAUUCCUUCGCCUCGGGGGUUCCCCUUGGUGUUGAGGAGCCAUUGCCUCGUUCGCCACAGGUGUUUCCUCCCAAGGUGAGACACCGUAAGCUUGACGAGACCGAAUUUAACCCUCUUGCAGUGAACUAUCCUUCAGGUCAGUUGAGUCGCAAAGAACUGGAAGAGAAGUUCAGAGAAGAAGAAUCGUUGGGACGAAUGUUUCCUUCGAAGCUUUCGGUCCUUCGUACAAAAUACGGUGAACACAGGGUGAGAGUGGCGGCCAUGGCGGCCAUUGCAAAACCGGAUGGCUCAGUUCGACCUCUUCACGACGCCACCCAUUCCGUUAAAGUGAAUCACUCCAUAGUCUACCAAGACCAAAUACAAUGCCCAGGCCCAGCAGAGAUCGCUGCUGUCGUUCGGGAGGCUUUCGAGUCCAGAGAGGCCCCCUUUUGCGUUUCGGCAGACAUUAAAGCAGCUCAUAGGCUUGUAAAGAUUCGGGAAGAGGACUGGGGGUACACUUGUUGCCGGGCUGAUUCGGCCUCGGAUGUGGUCUGGGUCAACCGCACUGGCACCUUCGGGGUUUCCAGCGCUCCCUAUUGGUGGGCGAAACUUUGUGGGCUCAUCGGUCGUUUUGUGGGGCAUUUGACGCAGACUUCUUUGUUCCUUCAUAUGAUUUACGUCGAUGACCUCCAUGGUGUCUUCUUAGGUGAACGGAAAUUCUUGGAUCUUUGGAUCUGGCUCUUGGCGUUUGAGUUAACGGGUACGCCCUUUGGUUACCACAAGUUCAAAGGCGGCGUGGCAUCAGAGUUCGUUGGAUUCAAUCUCAGGUACGAUCUCACUGAGGUUGGGAUCUCGGACAAACGUGGCCAGUGGUUGAUCCGCUGGAUUGUCAAUGCCAAGGAUAACCGUUGGGUCGUUCCGGCCAGGGACUUUUCAGAGUUCUUGGGACGCCUUUGCUUUGUCGCGCAGUUGCUUGUAUGGCUGAAACCGCACCUUGCUCCACUGUUUGCUUGGACGGCGGUGGUCGGUCCUGGGACUGUGGGUCGCCUUCCAGAGGCGGUCAUCCUGACGUUGCAUUACAUUUUGGCUGAGCUUGUUUCGGAGUCCUUCAGGGUCUCGGCCAAGGCCCCUGUGUGCCAUACUCGUGAGGCCUUUAGGACGGACGCUAAGUGCACCGACACGUUCGUAGUCCUGGGGGGUUGGGAACUUGGUUCAAGGCGUUGGUUCUCCCUUAAGCUCACUAAACAUGAUGUCCCUUAUUUGUUUCGUGAAGGGGGCGGCUCUCAGUGGGCGUCCACAUCUGCUGAACUCUUAGGGACAUUGGCUGCACUUCAUGCGUUUGGUUGGUUGGUUCCCGCUGAUGUGAGGAGGUCGACGGUUGUGUCUCUCUCCGCUGGAACGGACAACCAGGCGAACGAAUCCUUGUCAAUAAAGAGGUCUUCAACAAAAUGGCCUCUCAUGGCGAUCAACAUGCAGUUGUCAGCUUCGUUGUCCAAGGCCAGGUUGGGUCUUCGGUUGAGGUGGCGUCCUCGCGACGAGAAUGAAGAGGCAGACGACUUGACCAAUGAGGUCUUUGGGUCGUUCUCUGAGUCUCUUAGGGUUCCCCUCACCUUGCAGGACUUGGACUUGAAGAUCUUGAGCUUGCUGGUUGAGGCCAGGGAAGCUUUUGAUGUGGCUCGGGCCAAAGCUAAGGCUGACAAGGGUUCAGGGAAAGGUUCGCUUUCAAAACGUUUUGACAAGUCGCCUUGGUGA